AUGAAGAAGAAAAAGAAAGGGAAGAAAAGUGGGAGGGGGCAUAGCUGCAGAGUGAGAAUCACGCCAAAUAGGACCAGCAUUAAGACUUAUGACACCACUCCGAAGAAAUACUGUACCAAGUUUGACAUUUUGAAUCUUGAGGAACAGAAGCAUCGAUUCUUGACAUACGGACUUGUUCCAAGAUUUGAGCUUGUCGGGUCGCCUGAGAGAAUCCAGGGCGUGCUAAGUACUAAGAGAGCGCAAAUACGUUUCCAGUACAUGAAAGAAGCACGGCGAAUCAUUGAUUAUGUUCAUGAGAAUUACGGAUCUGCCGAGGAAUUCAUGACGCAGUCUUUUGGGGAAAGAAUAACUGUCGAUGAGGCAUCAUCUUUAUUGAGCAAUUAUAUUAAAGAAAAUACAGUAGAUGGGAUGCUGACAAUUGGAUGGAGUAAAGACCUUAGUUGCACUGCAAGAAUGUCAAGCAAUGGUCCACAUACAAAACUGAAUAAACCGGAAGCGAGAAAGUUUUCUUUGUGGAUCAAAGAUUCCGUGGAUAAUACGUAUCUGAGGCAGCAAGGUAUUCUGUGUCUUGCCAACCAUGAAAUUGGAACGCAUUUAUUUCGUUCCAUGAAUGAUGGUCUUCAACCAUGGUAUUCCUGUCGUGAUAAGUUUGGUUUGAGAGGAACCAAAUCCCAAGAUUUGCUGGAGACUGAAGAAGGGCUUGCUACCAUCAACACAUACUUUAAUGCUAACAUUCCAAUUUUCUUCACGCAAGCUUUAACUUACUAUACAUCGUGUAAAGCCACAGAAAUGUCCUUUGAGGAGCUAUACGAUCAUUUACAGCAUUAUUUACAACAUCCAGAACACAGAUGGAGACAUGUGAUGAGAGUAAAACGAGGAUUGGAGAAUCCUAAUGCAUUAGGAGGGUACGGCAAAGAUCAGUGCUACUUUGCAGGUACUGUUGAAAUACUUCGAAAUAUUGACAAUAUCGACUUCAAUUUGUUGUAUUCGGGUAAGAUUUGCCUUGAUGAGGUGAACCGAGUGAGACGAGUCGCCAGAACUAGAUCGCUACGACUUCCGCAUUUCAUGCAAGACAUAGAGCAGUACAAAAAACGACUCAAGUACAUGGCUCGGAUAAAUGGUUUACUUUCUGACACGGUUGGGAUUGGCUCAGCGAAAAUUAAAUCUACUCGUAGUCGAAGGACAGUAUCAUCUCAAUCACGUUCCACCUCUACAUCCACGCAUCGAACUAGCGUGGCAAGUUUAGAAACGGCCAGUCCAGCAUUAUCAAAAUCACCAACUGAGUCACCUCUCCUGGUCCCAUCACCACCUUCAAAGCCACCACUAGCUCAACAUCGCCAAUGA